UGUGAUGGGGGGACACGAUGUGAUAGAAGAGCGCCAUGUGAUAGGGAUACACGGACACCAUGUGAUAGGGGAACACGGUGUGGUGGUGAGCACCAUGUGAUAGGGGGACACGGUGUGAUGGGUGAGCACCAGGUGAGGGGGGAACACGGUGUAAUGGGUGAGAACCAGGUGAGAGGGGACAGGGUGUGA